AUGGCUUCCCUCUACCGCUCUAGCCUGCGACUGCGCUCGGUGGCUCGUCUUCCUGCCGCCCGGGCUCUCUCUACCACUGCACAGCUGCGCGCGGCCGAGAAGCCUUACUUCCCCGAUGAGCCCACCGCCCCUACGGUGGCCACGGCCAUCCCCGGCCCCAAGAACAAGGCCGCAAUGGCCGAGCUGGACAAGGUCUUUGAUGUCCGCAGCUUGAACAUGCUCACGGACUACACCAAGUCCAUUGGUAACUACAUUGCCGACUUGGACGGAAAUGUCCUUUUGGAUGUCUAUGCUCAGAUUGCUUCCAUCCCUGUUGGCUACAACAACCCUCACCUCCUCGAGGUCGCCAAGUCUCCCGAGAUGGCGACCUCCCUGAUCAACCGUCCCGCCCUGGGUAACUUCCCGUCCGCUGACUGGUCUCACAUCCUGAAGACCGGUAUCUUGAAGGUUGCUCCCAAGGGUCUCGAUCAGGUGUUCACGGCCAUGGCUGGCUCCGACGCCAACGAGACUGCCUACAAGGCCGCCUUCAUGUACUACCGUCAGAUGCAGCGUGGAGGUCCGGAGAAGGAAUUCACCGAGGAGGAGCUCCAGAGCACCAUGAUGAACCAGUCUCCCGGGUCUCCCCAGCUGUCCAUCCUGUCCUUCAAGUCUGCCUUUCACGGACGUCUUUUCGGCAGUCUGUCCACCACUCGCAGCAAGGCCAUCCACAAGAUGGAUAUCCCCGCCUUUGACUGGCCCCAGGCCACCUUCCCCUCCCUGAAGUACCCUCUUGAAGAGCAUGUCCAGGAGAACGCCCAGGAGGAGCAGCGAUGCCUGCAGGAGGUUGAGCGCCUCAUCAAGGAAUUCCACAACCCCGUCGCCGCCGUUGUUGUCGAGCCUAUCCAGUCCGAGGGUGGUGACAACCACGCCUCCCCCGCAUUCUUCCAGGGUCUCCGUGAGAUCACCAAGCGCAACAACGUUCUCUUCAUCGUCGAUGAGGUGCAGACCGGUGUCGGUGCCACUGGUAAGUUCUGGGCCCACGACCACUGGAACCUCCAGACUCCCCCCGAUAUCGUGACCUUCUCCAAGAAGGCUCAGACUGCCGGCUACUACUAUGGCAACCCGGCUCUGCGCCCCAACAAGCCCUAUCGCCAGUUCAACACCUGGAUGGGUGACCCCGCCCGUGCCCUCAUCUUCCGGGGCAUCAUCGAGGAGAUUGAGCGCCUGAAGCUCGUUGAGAACACUGCUGCUACCGGUGAUUAUCUCUAUGCCGGCCUGGAGCGCCUUGCCAAGCAGUACCCCGAGCAUCUGCAGAACCUCCGUGGCAAGGGCCAGGGAACCUUCAUUGCCUGGGACACCCCCAAGCGCGACGAGUUCCUCGUCAAGGCCAAGGGCGUCGGUGUCAACAUUGGUGGAAGUGGCCAGAGCGCCGUCCGUCUGCGGCCCAUGCUGAUCUUCCAGAAGCACCAUGCCGACAUUCUGCUCGAGAGCGUUGAGAAAAUCAUCAAGCAGCUGUAA